CCUAAAUCCAUUCACCAUCCCUAGGGAGAUGACGCUGUGCUUGUCCAUCAUCUUCUUAUCUGCAUUCUCUCGCAUGACGGGUGGUUUGUUCAUACAGUAUACGUCCAAACUGCUAGACUGGUCCAUCUCUACUGCAGGAUAUAUCCUAGGUGUGAAGUCUCUGGUCACCCUAUGCAUGCUGGUUGCUCUAGCAAGCAUCACGCAGAUCCUUGAAUGGAAAACUGGAUCGCGGCCGCUAUAUUUGGACGUAUGGGUGAUACGCUCCAGCCUGUUAGCACUCACUGCCGGGGUGGUUUGUGUGGCUGCAAGCAAGGAGCCCGUGCUCCUUAUAGCUGGUUCGAUACUGGGUUCUGCCGGAAACGGCAUCAUGCAAGCACUGCAAGGCCUACUGGUAACAUUCACAGACAAGUCAUCAACGGGACCCCAAACCUGACCCUAUCCGACCUUUCCGACACA